AGGUGGGAGGAUGCAGCGCUGCGGUCACUGGGCCGGGGUCGUUAGCUGCCGCGCUGCGCUCGCCGUGAGCCCCUCACACCCCUGCCCCGCACAUGGCAAACUCGGGCUGCGAGGACGGCCCUGGCCAGGAGGAGGAGAGUUUUCUGUACUUCGCUUACGGUAGCAACCUGCUGACGGAGAGGAUCCGCCUCCGGAACCCCUCGGCCGCGUUCUGCUGCGUGGCCCGCCUGCGGCUUCUUACACAUAGAAGGAACUCAAAGUUUAUUGAAUGUUUUAAUUGCAUGGAGUUCAAGGAUUUUAAGCUUGACUUUGGCAACUCCCAAGGCAAAACAAGUCAAACUUGGCAUGGAGGUAUAGCCACCAUUUUUCAAAGUCCUGGCGAUGAAGUGUGGGGAGUAGUAUGGAAAAUGAACAAAAGCAAUUUAAAUUCUCUGGAUGAGCAAGAAGGGGUUAAAAGUGGAACUUAUGUCAUAAUAGAAGUUAAAGUUUCAACUCAGGAAGGAAGAGAAAUAACAUGUCGAAGUUAUCUAAUGACAAAUUAUGAGAGUGCUCCUCCUUCACCACAGUAUAAAAAGAUUAUUUGCAUGGGUGCAGAAGAAAAUGGUUUGCCACUGGAGUAUCAAAAGAAGUUAAGAGCAAUAGAACCAAAUGACUACAGAGGAAAGGUCUCAGAGGAGAUUGAAGACAUUAUCAAAAAGGGGGAGACAAAAACUCUUUAGAACAUAGCAGAAUAUAUCUAAGGAUAUUCUUUUUAUGUGCUAAUAUAAAAUAUUUUUAACAUUUGGGAACAGGGAUCUGACAUAUAUACAUUUUAAAUCUAUUUUCAACAGUGCUCUGAAGGUAUAUCUCACUUGAGUGAUUCCUUAUUUUCAGACUAUAAAUAGAAGCUGGGGUAGGAGUUAAGACAUUAUAAAAAGGGCUAUGAGGCCCUGGAAUGCACGACAAAUGGAUGUGGGUGCUCCUGUGAACACUUAAAGCUAUUUUCUUGAGUUGAUCUUAAGUGUCUUCUUGCUCUGUAGCUAAGGACAGAUUUGUAGCCCACUUGAUGAUGGUGCUGGUGAAUUGCUUUGCUCUGUCUGGGGGUUUUUUAAAUCAGCUUAAUAAGAAUAAUCAAACUGCAAAGACAGUUAAUAAUAAAAUUUUGAAAACUGGAAAGAUGGUAUACUGUUGUUAGAGGAAUAAAUGUAUUUGUGGUUUAGCUUGUUUUCCCUACUAAAGUACUCCAUUUCA